AUGUCGUUUCCCAGCAGUCGCUUGCGUUCCUCGUGGGAUGUCCGAACCCUGACAGGCGAGCCAUAUGCAGCCAUUCAUGUCCGCAGCCUCCAAACCGUCGUUCGGGCUGGCACCGACGCCUGGGGGCGGACCGGCAAAGAUCAACCAGCUCUGGUCACCGCCGAGGUUUCCCUGGCCAAGCCCUUCCAUGUUGCCGCCAGCAGCGACACUGUCAGCGAGGACACUGUUCACUAUGGGCUCCUGGCCAAAGCUGUCCUGGCAAGUCUGGGCCGCCUGGGAGCCCACAGCGAAGGGGCGAGCCGCAUCACCAUCAACGAUCUCGUCGAACACUUGGGGAAUGAUGUCGUCUAUCCUGGCGAAAGCUCGGAUGCCAACCCGCCACGAAGGAUAUUGCGUGACCCCGCCAAGGUGCGGUACGCCAGUCUAACUUUAGCCCUCCCCAAGGCCUCUCUGCUCGGCGAGGGCGUGAGUCUCACUCACUCAAUCGCCUAUCCGGAUGGUUCAGAGGAGACUGCCUAUAAAGCCUGCUGUCUGACAUUUCACCGACUCCGCGUUCCUACCUUGAUAGGGGUGAACGACAACGAGCGAACGGCCAAGCAAGUCGUCGUGGCUGACAUCGACAUUGACCAGUUUGUCUGCCAGGCUGAUGUAUAUACGGGUAUUGAAGCCGUCAUUGUCAAGGUAACCCCUCUACAUGGCCCUUUUUGA